UAGAAUUUGCUAAAGAAGGGGAGGGGGAAACGACAGCGUGACGUCAAAGCAGCGGCCUCCGGAUCCCCAGUGUCCUCAUGGAUGACCUGACCCAAGCCCUCUCGACCAGCUUCGCUGUGUCCAAGCAGCCCAACAGCACAGCUGCCCCCCACCCUCGGCUGGCCCAGUACAAGAGCAAGUACAGCGUGCUGGAGCAGAGCGAGCGGCGCCGGCGUUUUCUUGACCUGCAGAAAACAGCACGUCUUUAUCCCCCCUUUGCCAACGACAGCAAAAGGUUAAACUACGUCAACCACGCGCGGCGCCUGGCUGAUGGGGACUGGACAGGGGCCGACAGCGAUGGGGAGGAAGACAUGGAAAAACAGGACGAGGGAGAAGGGCAAAAAGAUGUCAACGCGGAGGAAGAGGGAAUGGAGAUCGAGAGGAGGAAGCUGCCAAGGCAUUAUGCAAACCAGCUCAUGCUGUCCGAGUGGCUGGUGGACGUGCCGUCGGAACUGGACACUGACUGGCUGAUGGUGGUCUGCCCGGUGGGGAAGAGAUCUCUGAUUGUUGCCUCUAAGGGAUCCACGGCAGCGUAUACCAAAAGUGGCUACUGUGUGAACCGUUUCCCGUCCCUGCUGCCCGGGGGGAACAGGCACAACUCUGCCAUGGGCAAAGACUAUACGAUCCUGGAUUGCAUUUACAGCGAGGUGAACAGAACAUUCUACAUUCUGGAUGUCAUGUGUUGGAGGGGCCACCCGGUGUACGACUGCCCAACUGAGUUCCGUUUCUUCUGGCUUCAGUCUAAGGUUCAGGAGACAGACGGCCUAUCAGAGAUCGCGAAACGCAACCCUGUGGGUAUCCGCAUCGCCAGGCCACUCUUUUACCCUCGAAUGCACCAUUUCCAGUUUGUGAGUCUUCAGAGCUCAGACUGCACGGCGGAGUCCAUCCGGAACGCUCUGGCAGCCGAGUACAGCUUCAGCGUGGACGGGCUUCUCUUCUACCACCGUCAGACCCACUACACCCCCGGAACCACGCCCCUGGUUGGCUGGCUUCGUCCUUACAUGGUCACGGACAUCCUGGGCGUGGAGAUUCCCGAGGGGCACCUCACAGCCAAGCCCGACUACGCCGGCCACCAGAUGCAGCAGAUCCUGGAGAACAAGAAAGCGUCCAGCGAAGUCCGCCCGGCCAACAGCAGCGGAGGCUACGAGUUAGAGUACCUGUCCACGCCGAGCCAGGACAGCGAGGACCCCCUGACCUGUUUCAAUCAGAAGCCAAUUAAGGAGGCAAGCAUGGAAGUCUGAGUGGGACACUCAUCUAGAAAAAAAAGCUUUAACCCGGGCUUUUAGGAGGCGACAGCCAGCCGCUGCCUCUUUAAAAUGUCUGUUGAAUGCUUUCUUCAGAUCCGGCCAAUCAAGAGCCACAGCCAAUUCUAGUCCGGCGCAGCUUCGGACACCCUCUGAGCGCAUACAGGUAGAGCUGAAGACCUCGCUUAGCUUUACCAGCAUCUGCAGAAGUGGGGGAACAACUCCCUUCUGGUGGAUGAUUGCUCAACAAGUUGCAAUUGUAGUUGAAGUUUAACAGUGUAAGCAUAUCCCCUAACAUCAAAGACGGUUUUAAAAAAAAAUAGAAAAGCACGAUGAAGCAGGCGGGGGGUGCCUUGCGUGAGAUGAAAGGACAAGGUUUAAAGUGGAUGUCUCAUGGGAAAAAAAACAUCCCUAGCAUUUUUAGUUGACAGUGUUUGGAACUUUUAGCGAUGCCCACUCAUCAAAAAUAGUAGUUUUAGCAGGGGGUUUGUUUCAGGAAAGAUUAAGGAAGAGGACCUCUUAGUGUUUUGGAAGGUGGAAAAAAGGCUGGCUGAUCAGAACACAACGCUGGUCAGUGACAGGGACUUUUACAGUUUUAUGUUAAGUCUAAAUUUGUCUUGCAGAUGUUUUAAAAGUGUACCUUUCUAAAUAAAUGCUCUUUUUUUAUAAACCUAAAUAAAAGUUCUCUACGGUUCCUAAAUUACUUUUUUCAUUUUUUUAAUUG